AUGUUCAUGAGUGAGGGGGAGAUGGAAGAGGAUGCUGAUGCUUUUAAGGUGGUUUGUGAUGCACCGGAAUACGGGUGGAGCUUGACUAAUCCAUGUGAUGUUGAUAUGAUAUUGUUCCCAAUAAUGCAACACCGUUGGUGUUAUUGCAUAUGUGUGAACCUGAAGGGGAAUAGUGUUGAUAUCCUCGACAGCUCGUCUGCCUGCAUUGCAAAGAUUGAUAAAUAUGACAAGAAGCCAAACGUUGUUCGAGACAUGGUCAUAAAAUAUUUCAAGAGUAAAGGACUGGAUGGCCGGGUCGAGAAACUGAAGGCACAAGAACCAAAACGAUUGCAAUUGGCGUGGAGAGAUUCGACCGCUGUAUUUGAUUAUGGUGUGAUUACAAUGCGGCACAUGGAGACGUACACAGAGCAUACAUUGAAGCAGUGGGAAUGUGGCUUGAAAAAGGGGGAUGAGAAGGUGGUGAAUGCACUUCGCACAACGUAUUGUGCUGCGAUAGUCGAAUCAGAUGCCAACGAGGUUAAGGACAAGAUAAGGCAGCUGAAUUUCCAGUUUCGUAUGCUUUUGAGUUUUGGUUUCAUGGAGCAACUCCUGA